UUAGCGACAACGGCUGCGACCGGCCGCUGGUGCCGUCCGCCUGCGGGUAAGGGCAUCUGCCGGCCCCUUGCCCAUACGAUUUCCUUCCCGUUCCCGGCCCUUCGCUGCCGCCGCCACGUCCACCUUGGAACAUGUUCAAGAAAUUUGAUGAGAAGGAGAAUGUGUCCAACUGUAUCCAGUUGAAAACGUCGGUCAUUAAGGGGAUUAAGAACCAGCUGAUAGAGCAGUUUCCAGGUAUUGAGCCGUGGCUUCAUCAGAUCGUGCCCAGGAAAGAUCCUGUUAGAAUGGUCCGGUGCCACGAACACACGGAAAUCCUUUCUGUGAACGGAGAGCUGCUGUUCUUCCGACAAAGAAAGGGGCCUUUUUAUCCAACCUUGAGAUUACUUCACAAAUAUCCUUUCAUCCUGCCACACCAGCAGGUUGAUAAAGGAGCCAUCAAGUUCGUGCUCAGCGGAGCAAACAUUAUGUGUCCGGGACUCACUUCGCCUGGAGCCAGGCUCUGCCCUGCGGCCGCGGACACCAUCGUCGCGGUCAUGGCGGAAGGGAAGCAGCACGCUCUGUGCGUCGGGGUCAUGCAGAUGUCUGCGGAGGACGUCGGCAAAGUCAACAAAGGGAUCGGCAUCGAAAACAUCCACUACCUGAAUGACGGGCUGUGGCACAUGAAGACGUACAAGUGAGCCUCAGAAGGACCGCCUGGGCUCAGCGUGGCGCUGUGCUGUGUGUGUCUGUGCGACAGCAUGAAGACACUGCUCCUGGUGGUGCCAAAUAAAUUCAGCCGAUGCUCUUUUUUUUUGUAAAUCAGGGUUCUGUUGUCAUAGAGGAAAGAACAGAGAUUGAGGGACAAGCAGCAGUCGGCUGUGCUCUGGGAGCCCCCGCGGGCCCCCGCGGGCCCCUGGGCUCCCUCUCUGGGAACCCUGGAAGCAGUCGGGUAUGGCUUUGAGAGGCCACGUCUACCAGAGCACUCCCCAGAAGGCAGCACGGGAACCCCUCCUCCUACCUCCAUCCCUCACCUUCCUCCUCCUCUGCUGGUGACCCGGGGCUGCCAGCAACCUGCUUGAUUCCUUUGGGGGCAAAGUAGGAAGACUCCAGAGGAACCAGGACCUUGCUGGAGGCCCAAGCCCGGUGUCCGCUGGCAUGGAUUGAACACCUGCCAGCUGCCAGGCACCGCUGAAUGCGUUGUUCCCCACAGCAGGCCUAUGAGGGAGGUGCUGUUACCCAGUGUUCAGAUGAGGAAACAUGCCAGAGAGGGAGAUGCCUCCCCCAGGGUCACCCAGCUGCUGGUGGCAGAGCCGAUGCCCCCAACCCCAAGGGCCACCUCCCUUUGACCCCGUACCAGGCCUGAAUUCUCUCUAGGCCUCUGUUCCCUCCUCUGGGAAAUUGGAGGGGUUGGCGAUGUCUCCAGUGAGCUCCCCCUGUCCUGGAACUUGCACCAGCCUGGGGCAGCCAAUGCUGAUCCCCUUAGCUCAUGGGCUUCUGACAGGGCCCCCAUGCUCCAUCCAGGGGCUGACAGGUGGGAGGGUAGCCCCAGCCCGGGGAGUGGACUUACCUGGUCUCUCU